AUGGGAUUGAUGGAAGUUGUGCUAACCACUUUGGCCACUUUGUGUUUUAACUCCACUUGUGUUGAUCAAGAUCUGAUCAACGCCUCCAAGCAACGUUUGGCCCAUCUAAAGGAAGAACUCAAGCAUGAAACUCUUACUGUAACAACUUUAAAGAAUGGCCCUUUAAGCGGCUACGAAAUCGUAAAUAACACCGUAAUCGGGACCGGGGUAGCUUUUGAAAUCCUCAACAUUGUCCAACGCGAGUACGGAUUCAAAUAUAACGUAAUUGUGCCGGACCAUGAUUCUUUCGAACCAGUAAAUGGAGGCGAAGGUGGAGUUAGAAACAUGUUGCUCAAUGAAACUAUUGAUGUGGCGGUAGCGUUUUUGCCUCAACAGUACACUGAUGUGGUUUCGUACUCCAGAAGUCUGGAUACGGCCCAAUGGGUGGUUCUGAUGAAACGACCCAAAGAGUCCGCUUCAGGCUCUGGUUUAUUAGCACCUUUCACAGCAACAGUUUGGUCGCUCAUAAUAAUCUCCUUGCUAGGAGUGGGGCCUAUUCUAUGGCUCACCAUCCUGCUCAGAGCCAGAAUGUGCAAAGAAGAUCAUGACAUUGUGUUUUCUUUGCCUUCUUGCAUGUGGUUCGUCUAUGGGGCUUUAUUGAAGCAAGGCUCUACUUUAAACCCUCGAACAGAUUCAUCAAGGAUUCUUUUCUCCACUUGGUGGAUCUUCAUCACAAUCCUCACAGCCUUUUACACGGCCAAUUUGACUGCUUUUCUCACUCUAUCAAAGUUCACGCUACCAAUCAGCGAACCCAAAGACAUCAGCAGGAAGCACAACAAAUGGAUAACGAACCGGGGCAAUGGAAUUGUGGAGCAGCUUUAUUUGUCCAAGAAGUACGCCAAUGGUGAUGGUAACAGUUUGUUUGAGGAAAUCGGCAUGCCACAAUGGGAGCCAGACGUCGAUGAAGACACAAUGCUGUCCACCUACGUUAUCAAGCAAAAUAUGAUGUACAUUAGGGAAAAAACGGUGUUGGAAUCGAUAAUGUACGAAGACUACAAGGUGAAAACCAAAGCAGAUGUAGAAGAAUCCAAAAGAUGCACUUAUGUAAUAACGAAAUUUGCUGUUUGCGUAUUUCCCAGAGCGUUUGCCUUUAGGCCAGGAUUCAAGUAUAAAGAACUAUUUGACUUCACAAUUCAGCAUUUAAGUGAGUCGGGAAUAACGGAUUUCCAACAACGGAAGAGUUUGCCGGAUACCACUAUUUGCCCAUUAGAUUUGGGCAGCAAAGAACGCCGCUUACGCAAUUCGGACCUUGCAAUGACAUACAUGAUCGUUGGUGGCGGUCUGAUUAUUUCCACAAUUAUUUUUGCUGUUGAGCUGAUUAUCUAUUAUGCCAAGAUGCACUGUUUCAACAAAAAAUCCCAUGUUAACAACAAUAAUACUCUGGUCACUCAGAGUAACAACGGCCUGUUUGUGAAAAACCAUCAGCACCAAGGCAACUUUAGAGCCUCUAAGCAGUUUGUGAGUCCGCCACCUUCCUAUCACACCCUGUUUCAUCCCCCCAAUUUAACUAAUGGGGAAUACAAGAACAAAACCAUCAAUGGGCGACAGUAUUGGGUGUUUAACGAUAAGCAGGGCAUGACUUCUCUGAUACCACAAAGAACACCAUCUGCACUGUUAUUUCAAUUUACUAAUUAG